UGUUCGACAUGCUCCUAGUAAGACCUGAGCCCGUACCUCCUAACUACCACGAUAGUAGAUGGAGUUGGUUUCAGAAUUGUCUCGGGGCAUUGGACGGGACGUAUGUACCAGUUAAUCCCCCCGCCGUUGACAGGCCACGCUAUAGGUCAAGGAAGGGUGAGAUUGCCACAAACGUUUUAGGUGUAUGUAGUCAAGACCUAAAGUUUGUCUUCGUCUUGUCUGGUUGGGAAGGGUCGGCCACUGACUCUAGGAUCCUGGCGAACGCUAUUUCAAGACCCGAUGGUUUUAAAGUCCCUCGUGGACAUUACUACCUUGUUGAUGCCGGAUACCAAAAUGCUGAGGGUUUUCUAGCACCAUACCGCGGGCAACGAUAUCACCUUAAUAAAUGGAGGCAAGGUCAUAUGCCGACUACGAAAGAGGAGUACUUCAACAUGAAGCAUUCCGCUGCUAGGAAUGUGAUUGAGAGAAGCUUUGGUGUGUUGAAGAUGCGGUUUGCAAUAUUGAGGUCUCACUCGUAUUAUCCCAUUAGGACUCAAACACGUAUCGUCACAGCAUGUUGCCUUCUCCAUAACCUUAUCAAAAGAGAGAUGCCCAACGAUCCCAUUGAGAACGAGUACACGGCAUGGGAACGUGACCACAUACACGAGGUCGAGGCAGAUGAUCACAUCACUACCAUAGAGACUUCCAAUCAAUAGACCGAGGAGAGGGAUGCAUUGGCUACAGCCAUGUACAACCAUUGGCUAGCAAAUGGUGGGGGACAAGAGGUUUUCCCACAAUGAGGAAGUUUGUUUAGUGUAUUUGUAUGAAGUAUUUGAAAAACUUUUAUGAUGUAAACAUUCUAAUUGCGGUUUCAAUAACUUUUAAGGUGUAAUUGAAUUCUAUUUGAAGAACAUUGUAUGAACUUUAUUGUAAUUGAAUUCCGGUUUGUAG